CAGAGCGCGCUUUGCGGUGGCGCGCGCACAAAGAGGAACUAGAAAGGCGGAAGAGAGGACAAACUUGAAAACUUCUAGCACACUGGCUAGAAACACAUUUAGAUAUUAUGUAAACAGUUGAAAGAGUUUCGUACUUGUGUACAUAUUUAGCAGGCUAAUCAAACACCCUGACUAAAUCCAGUCACUGCUGUCUCUACUCGCCACGCGAGUCGCGUCGGCUCGUGGAGUCGACGUUGCCCUGGCUCAGCCACCCCGAAGCCAUUCUGUUCUUUUUACUAAGUUACACUUAGUAAAAGUCUUAGUCUGCGUGAUUUCCAGUGAACCAAAUUGGUUUUUGGUUUUGAAUGAGUGAAGUUUUUCCUCCUGGAGGGAAAAGUUAGUCGUUUUGUUGACGAUCCAACUAGAGGCCUGUCUGCAAGUGCGAGGACGAAGCCACACGACUAGAGUAACAUGUCGGCCCAGGCGCAGAUGCGAGCGAUGUUGGACCAGCUGAUGGGGACAGGGAGAGACGGAGACACCAUGCGGCAGAGGAUCAAAUUUACAGACGACAGAGUCUGUAAAAGUCACCUCCUGGAUUCUUGUCCACAUGACAUUCUGUCUGGGACUAGAAUGGACCUGGGAGAGUGUGCCAAAGUCCACGACUUGGCCCUUAGAGCAGAUUUUGAGAUCGCCUCCAAAGAGCGGGAGUACUUCUUUGAGCUUGACGCUGCAGAGCAUCUCCAGUCUUUCAUCGCCGACUGCGACCGCAGGACUGAGCUGGCUAAGAAGAGACUAGCAGAGACGCAGGAUGAGAUCAGUGCUGAAGUGGAUGCAAAGGCCGAGCGUGUCCACGAGUUGAACGAGGAGAUCGGGAAACUUCUGGCCAAGGCGGAGCAGCUGGGGGGUGAGGGGAACGUAGAUGAGGCACAGCAGCUUCUGGAGAAGGUGGAGAAAACCCGUGCCUUAAAGAAAGAGGCAGAGGAUGUCUACAGAAACUCAAUGCCAGCCUCCAGCUUUCAGCAACAAAAGCUACGGGUGUGCGAGGUGUGCUCGGCCUACCUGGGUCUCCAUGACAACGACCGCCGACUGGCCGACCACUUUGGGGGCAAACUUCACCUUGGUUUUAUUGAAAUCCGCGAGAAGCUUGAAAAGUUACGGAAAGCUGUGGUAGAGAAACAAGAACGAAUGCGUUUGAGACGACGAGAGGAACGGGACCGAGAAGACGAGAGAGAGCGACAGUGGGAGAUGGAGCGAGAGAGAGAGCGGGAACGACAGCGGGAAUGGGACAGAGAACGGGAACGCGAGCGGGAUCGAAGGAGGUCAAGAUCUAGGAGUGGAGAGCGGUACAGGGAAGGGGGAAGUUCUUCGUCCCAUCGCCCCAGACAUCACCGCUCCUCCCGCUCCAGAGAAGAUGGGUCGGACCGGGAUCGUGAGCGAGACAGGAAACAUCGACACAAGGAUCGACAUCGCUCACACUCGCACAGGCACAAGAAGAAGAGAUCCUCCAGAGACGGCUCAUCUCACACUCGCGACAGAGAGCGCUCGCUGUCCCAGGAGAGGCCGCGGGAGCGCCCGGAGGAGGGGUGGCGCAACGACAGGGUGGAGUGUGGAGACUGGGAGGACAGGGAGCGCUCCGUUUCACCGGACAUGCCCAGGAGCAAGGAACGAGAGAGAUCCCUGUCGUUGGAGCGGGACAGACGCUCCAGCUCUGAGGAGCGAGAGUCCGGGGAGAUAUAAACAGUUUGGUUUUGAUGAGAUGUUAAAAGGAGCAUGAGAAGAAGCGUGUGCCGGUGCGAGGGCGUUUGUUAUCCGACUCUGUGCAUGUUCAAGCCAGGACAUGUAAAUAUGGCUGGUGGGGAAGAAGUAACACCAACUAUGAGAAAGUUUACUGGACACAGUCUAUUAGUUUCUCGUCUCGUCAGCCCAACAGGGAAUUACUCACGGUGGCGCAGGAUGAGCAGGCAGCAGCCCACAUUUAACUUGGCUUUUAUUUUUGUCACAUGAAGUGCUAUUUUUAUCAUUUUGGUUUGUUUAUACAGGCAUCUUCCAUUUUCUGUUGCAUACCGCCGUUCACUGGUGCAGCCUUUGUGAUGCUGUGACCCACAGAAGGUUCAUGUGUUUGUUUUGUUUGCUGCCUUUGAGUCGGGACGGGUUUAUUAGAGAAAUGCGACGAGCAUCGUUUAAGAGGCAGAAACGACCGGGUUCUUUAAAAAUCAGCUCAGUGCCCCCCGAAACGGAUCAUCUUAAUACGUUUCCUCGUCCGGAAAGAUGAGACCAUAUUUACACACGUGCUGAUACUGUGGUGCAGACUGGAUUUACCUGGGGGGAGGGGUCUAAUUUGGAUUGGCACCUCAAAAGUAAAUAAAAUCUUUGCUUCUGUUGAA